AAUAGCCAAAGUUGUUUUGACUUCUGGCAACGCUGGAUGCAACUGCAUUGGCUUUGAUAAAAAAUAAAUAAAUUAAAAGCAGAAGAAGAAAGUUAAAAUUCGACGAUAAACUAAGUCGUUAUAAACAUAAUAAGCUGCAUAGCCAAACAAAUAAUCAAAGCCAUAGGAAAAAAUAGAAAAAACACAGGAGUACGUAGAGCGAGAGGCGCGGCGGCGGCGGUAGCAGCAGCAGCGAGAGCGAGAGGUAGCAGAAAAAUCUAUGGGCGAAAGAAAAGUAUAGACUAUAAAUAAAAAAAGAAAAAAAAAACGAAUCGAAAGAAUCGGUAGGUCGGAAGGAAGAGUGAGUGUGAGAGAGGGGAGGAAGGAAAACAAAACAAAAGAAGGCACAAGCAACGAGAGGACGGGAAAAUACAACAAUUUUCCGUUUUUUCCGAACUUUUUUUUUUGUGUUAAGAAUUAGAGAGAAGAAAAAAAAAAACAGAAAGUGGAAAAUCAAAUAACAAUAAUGGAUACGGAGCGAGCCAAUGGCCAAGAGACGAAAGUCAUUUAUCACAUUGACGAUGAGACUACGCCGUAUUUGGUGAAAAUUCCCAUACCCUCGGCCCAGGUGACACUCAAGGAUUUCAAAAUGGUCCUCAACAAGCAGAACAACAAUUAUAAAUAUUUCUUCAAGUCAAUGGAUGCCGAUUUUGGGGUGGUCAAGGAGGAGAUUGCCGAUGAUGCCACCAUAUUGCCUUGUUUCAAUGGCCGGGUGGUGUCCUGGUUGGUAUCGGCUGAUGGUACCAAUCAAUCCGAUAAUUGCUCCGAGCUGCCCGGCAGUGAGUGUGAGUUGGGUGUCAUUGGUGUGGGCGGCGGUGGCGGUGGAGGCAUUCCCGGCGGACGUGGCAAUAAUCCCCUAGCGCGAAAUCCCAUGAUGCAACAACAACAGCAGCAACAACAACAACAGCACCAGCAACACCAACACCAGCAGCAGCAAUCGUCUCAGCAAUGCUCCACCUUGCAACAAAAAAUGCUAGUUAACCCCUUGUUGCAACCUCCACCUCCUCUCACAUAUCAAUCCGCAUCAGUGCUGUCCAGCGAUCUGGAUUCAACCAGUCUCUUUGGCACCGAAUCAGAAUUAACACUCGAUCGCGACAUGACUGACUAUAGCAGUGUGCAGCGCUUACAGGUGCAACGGAAGAAGCCCCAAAGGCGAAAGAAGCGGGCACCCAGCAUGUCGCGUACAUCAUCAUACAGCUCCAUAACAGAUUCUACAAUGUCGCUAAACAUUAUAACUGUGUCCAUAAAUAUGGAAGCAGUGAAUUUUCUAGGCAUUUCGAUCGUGGGGCAAUCAAAUCGUGGUGGCGACGGUGGCAUCUAUGUGGGCAGCAUUAUGAAGGGCGGUGCCGUUGCUCUUGACGGACGGAUCGAGCCUGGCGACAUGAUACUCCAGGUGAACGAUGUUAAUUUCGAGAACAUGACCAAUGACGAGGCAGUCCGAGUGUUGCGAGAAGUCGUUCAAAAGCCGGGACCCAUCAAACUGGUGGUGGCCAAAUGCUGGGAUCCCAAUCCCAAGGGCUAUUUCACCAUACCAAGGACAGAGCCAGUGCGACCCAUCGAUCCUGGUGCCUGGGUUGCCCAUACGCAAGCGCUUACCUCUCACGACAGUAUUAUAGCCGAUAUAUUGCCGGAGCCCAUCAAAGAGCGGCUCGAUCAAAAUAAUCUUGAGGAGAUCGUUAAGGCCAUGACCAAACCAGAUAGCGGACUAGAGAUACGGGAUCGCAUGUGGCUAAAGAUAACCAUACCGAAUGCCUUCAUUGGAGCCGAUGCCGUUAAUUGGGUGCUAGAGAAUGUUGAGGACGUGCAGGAUAGACGCGAAGCGCGACGCAUUGUCUCCGCCAUGCUGAGGAGCAAUUACAUUAAGCAUACGGUCAAUAAGCUAACAUUCUCGGAGCAGUGCUAUUAUGUGGUCAACGAAGAGCGCAAUCCGAAUGCAAUGCGUCUACCGCCCCAUGCCCAUCCGCAUGCCCAUGGGCAUGCCCUGAGCCACGCGGAUACCGAGAGCAUUACUAGCGACAUUGGACCAUUACCGAAUCCUCCCAUAUAUAUGCCAUACUCGGCCACAUAUAAUCCCAGUCACGGAUAUCAGCCCAUACAGUAUGGCAUUACCGAGCGCCAUAUCUCAUCCGGUUCGAGCAGUUCGGAUGUAUUAACCAGCAAGGAUAUAUCCGCAUCGCAGAGCGACAUCACCUCGGUCAUACAUCAGGCCAAUCAAUUGACCAUUGCUGCCCAUGGUUCAAAUAAAUCAUCCGGCUCCUCAAAUCGUGGUGGUGGCGGCGGUGGGGGUGGUGGCAAUAAUACAGCCAAUCAGGAUCAGGAUAUAUCCGUAUUUAAUUAUGUAUUGUAGAAAUGAUUCCUCCCACUCCCAAUCCCAUCCACAAAGCCACUCCCAAUCCCAAAUUCAUUCCUAUUCCCAUUCCCAUCUCCAACAUCCUCUACUCCUCCUCCUUCAUUUUUUUUCUCACCUCUCGCUAUCCCCUUUUCGAACUUUCUUUUUGAAUUGAAAUUCGCCAGUUAUCACACUCUCCAAUUUUUCCUUUUCAUCUCUUUCUCUCUAUGUCUACUCCAAUUUUUUUUUU